CCCGUAAAGUAGGUUAGGAGAAAGUUAACUUUUUACAACAAACAGUGCAAUGUAUUUAGUAUAACAUUGGCAGCUGUGGUGUGCAGUGUGUACUUUAACAAAGACAAAGCAAUGGGUUUAGGAGGCCAAGACUCGUCCGUGGCAGACUACGUUUGCCAGUUGCCACCAGCAGAGAGAACCAAGGCUCUGCAAGAAUUAAGGGAAGAUGAUAACAUCCGGGAUCAGUCGCUGGAGCAGAUGCGGGAGUGGAUCAACAAGCAUCCCAACAUCAAGAAGUGUAGAACAGACGCUCCUUUCCUGCUCCGUUUCCUCCGAACACGCAAAUUCAGCGUGCCCCUGGCCUGCGAAAUGCUUGAACGCUAUUUGACCAUCCGCCAACUCUACCCACAAUGGUUCAGGAAUCUGGACUGUGAAGACCCAGAUCUCGCAGAAAUCAUCAACGCAGGAUACUUGGUGCCCUUACUAGAGCGCGACCAAGGAAGAUUGGUGCUAUUCAGCUGUGCUGGAAAAUUUGAUCCCCAUAAAUUUACCUCAGCACACAUGGUAAAAGUGCACAGUUUGAUAACCGAAGCUCUGAUGGAUGACGAAAUCAACCAGAUAAACGGCUACACUUACAUCAACGACGAAAGCGGCUUCCAAAUGGCGCACAUCUCGCUAUGGUCUCUGACUGACGUCAGAAACAUCCUUAGAUGCAUCCAAAACACCACGCCAAUGAGACACAAGGCUAACCAUUUCUUGAACAUCUCAUCCAGCGCGAUUAAACUAAUCGAGUUCGCUAUAUCGCUCUUAAACGAGAAAUUGAGAAACAGAAUUUUCAUUUACAAGAGCAUUGACGAAAUGUACGACAAAAUCGACAAGAAAAUUCUCCCCAAAGAGUACGGCGGCGAAGUUCCUCUUGAAGAAAUGUUAGCCAAGUUUAAGACCACCCUUAAAGAAAAACGCGACAGCGUUUUGUCUUUGGAUGAUAUGUAUAUCGAAAUUGACGAGAAGACGUGUCCUCUGGUUUCUGAAAUGAACGAAGAACUUGGUGUGGGAAUCGAUGGAAGUUUUAAGAAGUUGGCAGUUGAUUAGUUAUCUAGUCUUAAUUACGAUUGUGAUUGUUGUUUUAUGAUAGCUUUGCGUUCAUGUCUCUCUUUUUCUGUUGUAUGUAAAUGUGAUAUUGGUAUUAUUAUUCUGAUGUUGAUCGAGUGCGUGUGUAAUAAAAAGUACACGACAAGAUUGCACUAGUAAUUAAAAUACCGAAUAGAAAUACUUAUAAGGUUAGGAGCUCAUUUUUAUUCUAAGUUUAAUUUCUAGACUACGCCCGUGGUGGUUUUCAGUUACCUUUCUUUCGUAUAUGUGUAUUUUAUAUUUUACUGUUAGCUAUCGUGUUGCUGUAAUUCCAUGUAUCUAAUAAUUGUAAGAAUUAUGUAAGUAUGUAUGUUAUUUAAUAAUAGGAUCAUAAAAGUAUAUUUAUGUCAAUAUUUUUUCCUUAAGUGUAAUUUUCUUCUCAGUGUGUUUUAAUAUAACGUGUUAUUUCUGUAUCUAGAUUGUUUAUUAUUGUUAUCAUAUAUUUAAUAGUUAAGCUUGUUUUGUUGCACUUGUGUUGUCCUAACUUUGUUGAAAUAUAUUUUGCAAAUAAAAACUACUCGUGUUA